UCCUCAUCACACACACAAACCUAUCUUACAACUUAAUUCCCUCCCUCCCUCUCUUUCUCUAAUCAAUACAUUCUUCAUCAUGGCUUGCCAAACAUGGCCUGAGCCUGUCAUCCGAGUCCAGACCUUGGCCGACAGUGGCUUAACCGCCAUCCCCAAGCGUUUCAUCUCUCAGACUCCUUCCUCCACCUUCCUCCAUCACACUGCUUCUCCUCCUUCUUUCUCACAUGAUCUUAAUAUUCCUGUCAUUGACCUCGCCGGAGACCCCGGGGAGAUGCUUCGCCUCGUCGGCCAGGCUUGCCGCGACUGGGGCUUCUUUCAGGUGGUCAACCACGGCGUGAGGCCGGACCUGAUGAGGAGCGCCAGGGCGGUGUGGCGGGAGUUCUUCAACCAGACGCCGGAGGCCAAGGAGAAGUUCGCCAACUCUCCGACCACUUACGAGGGGUACGGCAGCCGCUUGGGAGUCCAAAAGGAUGCCAUUUUGGAUUGGAGCGACUACUUCUUCCUCCAUUUCAUGCCUGCUUCUCUUCGCAACAGAGCCAACUGGCCUGCUCUUCCGCCGUCUCUUAGGGAAGUGGUUGAUGAAUAUGGAGAGGAAGUGGUGAAGCUAGGAGGAAGGAUACUGAAGAUAAUGUCAAGGAAUCUAGGGUUGCAGGAAGAUUAUCUUCUAAAUGCAUUUGGAGGAGAAGAAGGGAUUGGUGGUUGCUUGAGGGUCAAUUUCUAUCCAAAGUGCCCACAACCUGAUCUCACACUUGGCAUCUCACCACAUUCUGAUCCCGGAGGUCUGACUAUUCUGCUUCCUGAUGAUCAUGUCUCCGGCCUCCAAGUCCUCAAAGACGAUCGUUGGAUCUCCGUUAAACCUCUUCCUGAUGCCUUCAUUAUCAACCUCGGCGACCAACUUCAGAUUGUGAGCAAUGAAAUAUACAAGAGUGUGGAGCAUAAGGUGGUGGUGAACUCACAGACUGACAGAGUGUCGCUGGCUUUCUUCUAUAACCCAAAGAGUGAUGCAGUAAUCGAGCCAGCCAAGGAGCUUCUGACAGAGGAAAGGCCACCUCUCUAUCGUCCCAUGACUUUCGAUCAAUACAGAGUCUUCGUUAGGACCAAAGGACUUUGUGGCAAAUCUCAAGUUCAGUCUUUAAAUCACUACAAUAAUUAAGUAAAUGUAAUAAUUCCAUCAUGUCUAUCUUUAUAUAUCCCAUUAAUAAUGAAAUAACCUUUCUCUCUUCCA